AUGAAAAGACUCCCCAUAAGGAGCCUCCGGGCGAGGCUCGUUCAGUACGCUGCCAGCAGGGCCCAUUUGUCAAAGUGCAGUUUCUCCAGUAGCAAGAACUACGAGCCGUUCGUGAAGCGGAAAGAUGAAGGUAAUAUGUUUGGUGCUCAAGAAGCCAACGUCGCAGGUGACAACGCGGCAGGUGACAACACCGCGUUUGACAACAUCGCAGGUGAUAAUGCCGCAUUUGACAACAUCGCAGGUGAUAAUGCCGCAUUUGACAACGCCUCAGGUGACGUCUCAUUUGACAACGUCGACUUUGACGACAACGUCGCCACGAGCCUGACCUUCGACAUCAGCGUGGAGGAGGAGAAGUGGAGGGACCAGGAGGAAAUGGAGUACCAAAGGUUUAUGAGGAGCGUGGGGAGUAUGGGGAGCUUGGGGAGCGAAAGCGCCGAUGCGCACGCACACUCCAUUGAGAGUGCCGCAGGGGGGGAGACCGACCUGGAGCUCCUGAAAGGGCUGCUUCACAAGGGGGAAAAAAACGCCAAGUCCGUAGCGGACGCGGUGACCCUGGUGAACAAAAAAAAAAACAUCCUUCUCAACUUGGAAGAGAGACAUGCUAAUAGCUUCUUCAACCAAGUGGGUGAUCACGUCCAGCAGAUAGACAGACACAGUCUGAUCGAUCUGAUAAGGGGACUAAGCAAGCUAAAUAUGAAAAACAGGAUUCGUGAUUUGUGUUACGAGAUCGCUAAGAUGCUCAAAGAGGGGGAGGUGUCCAAGGAUCAACAGGAAAACCAACUCGAAACCAAACUCUGCCUGCACUGCGUAACUGUGUUGAAUAGGCACUCUCUUUAUUUCUCCGAGUUCUACGAUUAUAUGGCUUCCAAAGUGGGGCACCUCGACAUAGAUGCAUUGGUGUCAUUUGCAGAGGAGUGUUACAAGCACAGCUUGAGGACGAAACAUUAUUUGGACAAACUAGUUCCCGUGUGUGUGGCCAAGAUAGGAGAGUUCAACCUGGACCAGCUAAAGAGUCUGUUCCAUUCCUUCCAUCGGUUCUGCAAGGAAUACUCCAGCUUCUACGAUUGCGCUGUAGAUGCAGUGGUCAGCGAUGUCCCCAACUUCGACUUGCCCUUCUGCCAACUUGUGCUGAAGGUCUCCACGAAUUUUAAACACUCCGAGAGGUACCUCAGUUUGGUUAACUUAGAACGCACCGGUUUCUCCAACGUGGAUGCUGAUGUGGUGCCAACUUGGGAAGACAUAGAUCGAACUAACAGUUUGAAGAAGCGGGACAGACCAGAGACCCCACCUCACCACAUGUCCAAAAAAACCAAAGCGGUCACCCAAAUGGUAAAGUGCUUAAAAUAUAUGGAAUACAACAAAAAAAACGGAGGGCAGGUAAAAGAAGCAGUAAAUGAUAUCUGCGAGUUGCUACAGAGGAACGCUCAGCUGAUUGGCCUCUUAGACGUAGAAGACGUAGUGCAUGCAAUAAACUGCUUCUCCUCCUACAACAAACGAAUCGUAUUGUAUAAUAACUUCCUAGAUGUGCUAUGCGAAAGGUCCAAUGAUCUUCUUCAUGCGAAGAAUAUCUCCCUGUGGAUACACCCCAUCAUAAGUUUGGCCAAAAUUUCUUGGUUCCACAAAAACUACUUACGCAACGUCUUUGAUUAUGUAAAGGAUAACUACAUCCUCAGUCGACUUAGUGUGUUUCAAAUUUUGAAAGUCCUAUCUUCCAUCGUGAAAAUGAACGUCUAUGAUGAGCAGGUGUAUAAGGUACUAAUCGAGCAGGUAUACAAAGAGUGGGAUAUAAUAAAAGUAAAAAUGGUUGACGUUGCUACCUUCUUGUGGUCCUGUGCUUAUGUCAAUGUAAUUUUUAAGCCCCUGUUUGAUAGCUCAUAUAGCUUACUCAUAGACUCCUUAGAAAAAGAAUCCCUAACUGCAGAGAAUCAUGUGAUGAGUAGGAACUGCCUUGUUAACAUCACGUGGUCAUACAUUGUAGCGAACUAUCAUAAAUCUAAUGAAAAUUUUCAUCACAUUUUGAAUGCCACCUUUCUGGAUAGAGAUCCAAAUGACUCGCAAGCUUUCAAGAGACUCCAUCAAAUUGCAGAUGCUUGCUUUAGUGAGAUACCUCACUGUUUAGUUAAUGUAGAUGCAGUGGAUUGUAUGUACAAAUACUGCAUGCAUGAUAAGUGUAGAACUCUGAGGAACGAUUUUAGCGUUUACAAGAAGGAGAAGGAUGCCUUGAAAAUGAGGAACAGAAUACUAAGUGAAUUAACACACAUGUUAAAACGCUUUGAAGUCUCAUAUCAGCUCCACUUCGAACCUUAUCACAACUCCCCCUACAUGAUUGAUAUUUUGCUGAAUGAGGGGAUGAAGAUAGGCAUAUGUGUCUUUGGGAAGGAACACCUCAUGCGCACUCUAGAAACGGCUAGCUGGGAUCACAUGAACAGCGGCUUCGUCUCCCUACAGAUGCGCGUCCUACACGCACACGGCUGGCAGAUCAUCCCCAUCAACGGCGGACAGUGGCUUCAGAUGAACUCCGAGCAGAAGAAGGCCCUCCUGCGCGAAAACUUCCAGCGCUAUUCGGUGCUGAUAUGA